GUCGUCGCAGUGUUUAGUACGUAUUCAAAAUGAUGUCGCCUUGCAGGACCAGCUAACGUGAAUCGCGCGUGAAUCUUGUCGUCGUUCGAUUCGUUUCGUUUUGUUCCUUUCCGUACUCACAGGCUCCCGUUGCCGCCUGUCGUUGUUUCGCUAACCUUUUGGGUCGUCCUGUCAGUCGUGUGUUAGUGUACGCAAAUAGCCAUAUAAAGAUAACCAAUAAAUAUACAUAUAUUAGAACAUCUAACUGUACAAAAUAACAAGUGACUGAAAGCAAAAGCAAAAAUAGAAGCAGAAUCAGCAGCAGAAGGCAGGCAGUCGUCUGGAAAAAAGACGGGAGAAGAAGCCAAGGCAAAUGCUGUUUUCUUGUUUUUAUUUUACCGCAAGAAAAAAUUCGCAAAUAAAGUGAGAGCAGCACUUACUCUUACUUUCUUCUGUGGCGGUCUUUAAUAGCUCUGAUCUCGGUUUUUGGAAUACAUUAAAGCAGAGGCAAAACCAACACCAGUGUCGCGCCUGUGUGUGUGUGUUUAAUUUAUCACUUUUGAUGGUCACGUGGUCAGCCACCAAGUUGGCCUGCCAUCUUGUGCGUGGAACCAAACAACAACAAUCGCUGGAGGCAGCAAGCAGUGGCAGUCUACCCAUAAAGGAUUAUCAUAGCGUAGAGAGCAGCAGCUGCCCGAGAAUAAAAUCGAAAAUUGUCUUCUAUUAGAGCGAAGGGAGGAAGCAAAAGGGCAGCGGGAAAAUCUGCAAGCCAAAUCCAACUUAAGUUCACAUCAAAUUAAAAUCAACAAGCGUCGGAACGGAGGAACCCCUCCUAAAGCAAAAGUAAAGAAGAAUUAUAGAAAUAUAUAUAGAGAGAAAAUCAAGGAGAAGAAAAGAAAGAGGAGGAGCAGCAGAAAAAAGAAGCAGGGCAAAACCGUGGAAAAUGAAGUGCAAUAAAAGUCAAAUGGUCACGUUAACAAUGUGGAAAAUUUUUAUGGCCCUGCUCUGUGGAAUGGCCCUGCCGCUAAUGCCAGUCACAUUAGCGCGCCUGCAUUCCACAACCGGCGGAGGAGGAGGAGAAGGAGGAGUCGGUGGCAUGUCCAGUGGUAUACUAGGUCCUGGCUCUGGAGGAGGAUCCAACGCUGGCGGAUCUACAGGGAAAGAUGCACACGUGAAAACGAAGGACGUCGAUGCUGUCGAGGGUAAAUCAGUGUCACUGCCUUGCCCCAUUACAGAGCCCCUGGACAAUGUAUAUAUGGUUUUAUGGUUUCGUGACAAUGCGGGCAUACCGCUCUACAGCUUUGAUGUUCGCGAUAAGGAGGCACGGGACCAGCCCCGACAUUGGUCAGCGCCGGAGGUUUUUGGCUCACGUGCCAAAUUCCAUUUUGAUUCGCAGCCAGCAACCUUGGAAAUUAAGGAUAUCAAGCGUCAUGAUCAGGGCAUUUACCGAUGUCGUGUGGAUUUUCGCACAAGUCAAACGCAAAGUUUCCGCUUCAAUUUGUCAGUAAUAAUACUUCCGGAGCAGCCAAUCAUCUUGGAUCGUUGGGGCCGACAGCUGAAUGGUUCUAAAUUGGGGCCGAAGCAAGAGGGCGAUGAUAUCGUUAUCACUUGUCGUGUGGUGGGCGGUCGACCCCAGCCGCAGGUCCGUUGGCUCGUAAAUGGACUGCUUGUCGACAAUCAAAACGAGCACAAUUCCGGCGAUGUUAUCGAGAACCGUCUGUUGUGGCCAUCGGUGCAGCGAAACGAUUUGAAUUCCGUAUUCACAUGUCAGGCACUGAAUACACAAUUAGAUAAGCCCAAGGAGAAGAGCUUCAUACUGGAUAUGCACUUAAAACCACUGGUGGUGCGUAUCCUGGAGCCACCGAGCUCAAUGAUUGCCGAUCGUCGUUAUGAAGUUGCCUGCGAAUCAUCGGGCUCUCGACCGAACGCCAUCAUCACGUGGUACAAGGGAAAACGGCAAUUACGACGAACGAAGGACGACAUAUCAAAGAACUCAACACGCUCAGAGCUGAGCUUUGUGCCGACCACAGACGAUGAUGGAAAAUCGAUAACAUGCCGUGCGGAAAAUCCAAAUGUGAAUGGCCUUUAUUUGGAGACCAUGUGGAAAUUGAAUGUCGUUUAUCCACCUUUGGUCACUCUGCGCCUGGGCUCAACAUUGACACCGGAUGAUAUCAAGGAAGGUGAUGAUGUUUACUUCGAGUGUCACGUACAAUCGAAUCCUCAAUGGCGGAAACUACUGUGGUUGCAUAAUGGAAUUCAUCUGGAACACAAUACAUCCGCCCGUGUCAUACGCUCCAAUCAGAGUUUGGUCCUGCAGAAGAUCACGAAGCAUUACGCCGGGAAUUAUGCGUGUAGCGCCAUCAACGAUGAGGGCGAAACGGUCAGUAAUCAGCUGCCGUUGCGUGUGAAAUAUACUCCGAUAUGCAAGCACUCGGACCAUGUGAUAUUAAUUGGCGCCUCCAAGGAUGAGACUGUGGAAGUAAUAUGCGAAAUACAGGCCGAUCCCCCACCGCGAACAUUUCGGUGGAAAUUCAACAACUCGGGCGAAACCCUGGACGUGGGCAGUGAACGUUUCAGCGUGAAUGGAAGUCGCAGUAUUUUAAAGUACACACCAGUCACAGAUCAGGAUUAUGGCACACUGUCCUGCUGGGCCUCGAACGAGGUGGGCACCCAGCAACAUCCCUGCCUCUUCCAAGUCGUACUAGCGGCUCUGCCGAAUGCUGUCAGCAAUUGUAGCGUCUUCAACCGCACAGAGCUGAGUGUUGACAUUCAAUGCAUACCAGGCUAUGACGGCGGCCUGCCUCAAAUAUUUGUACUCGAAAUGUUUUCAACACGCACAGGCAUCACCAGAUUUAAUUUGAGCAACGCGGAGGAGGCUCUCUUCUCGCUGGAGAAUCUGGACACGCUGUCCUCGAUGAUGGUGCAGGAGAACAACUCGCUGAGGCUGCGCAUCUACUCGUACAACCAGAAGGGACGAGGUGCCGCUUAUCUCUUGCCCGAUUUCAUAAUUGGCUCAACAGCUUACAAGACAGACGACGACGUAACACUGACAUUGUCGCCGGUGAUUGUUGGAAGUGUCCUGACCAUCAUAAUUAUUGCUGUUGCCAUCGCGAUACGAAUAUUUGUGGUGACAUUUGUGCACAAUUUGCGGCGCAAUCGUCAUCACGGCAGCAAGGCAACGGCUACCGGUGUCACGGCCCAACCAGGGGAUGUCUUCAAGGGCGGCAACAUGGAGAAACCACGCUGGCAGCAUACGGACAUAAAAACAAAGUCAUCGGAGGAUUUGGUCGAAGACGAACGUGAUCCGGAUGUAAUACCAUCGCAAUAUGUUGGCGGCAGCAGCGCGGGAAGCAGUGGCAGCAAUGCCUCGAACGUUGGCAGCACCACUGCGGGCACCACCACUGGCAGCAGCACAUCCACCGCAGUGGUGGCAACAGCAGCAGCGUCCGCAGCGACAGCGACAGCAGCCGCAUCAGCAUCAGCAUCUGAUGCCCAUCAGUUCACAUCUUCCACGUCCCUGGGAGGAGGAGGUGUCUCCAAAUGGUCACCCAAUGGCAAUGUGGUGCCCCUAACGACUACGACGAUGCCGUCCGGCAAUCCGUCGAAUACGACGGUCACCUACAAUCAAAUCAAUGCGCAACGGGCCCAGAUGUUGGCGGCCGUGGCUGCGGCGGGCGGAGGUUGCAGCAGUACCGUCAUCUCGCCCAGCAGCAGCAUGAUGGGCAGCCUUGGGAGCAAGCCGCCACUGGGACUGAGCGGCACCAUCAUUGGCUCCCCGACAUCGCUCUCCUCGAUGGCCACGCUGGCGGCCCACCUGCAGCCUGUGCACGGCAGCGGCGUGGGCACCCUGCCACCUGGACUGGGCUGCGGCGGGGGCUACAUACUAAAUGCGUAUGCCAGCGGGCGGCUGCACUACCCACUGCAGCAAGUGGGUGCUGGAGGGGGAGCCACUCACACGGCCACACUGAGUCGGCAUCACCAUCAGCAACAACAGCCACAGCAACACCAUAAUCAUCAUCAUCAGCAGCAGCAGCAGCAGCAGAACCCGCACCAUUCAGGCUCCAGCCUGCUCCUGGGCAGCGCCGGCAGCGUGAUGGGCGUUGUGGGCUUGGCCAAUAACACAACCUCAAACACAACUACGACCACCUCGUGUAACUCCUCGCAGGACCUGGAUGAUAACAUUAAUAUAAAUGCGAUUAAGGACUGCCUCAUGACGCAGCGCGUGCCAGAGAGUUGUGUGUAAGAGGCAAGGUCAGAGGCAGAGGCAGAAAAAGAAGCUUCUGGAAAUCGUGAGAUCCAUUAAUAUAGAUACGUACGUGUGUAUUUAGGAUAUAGGAACAUGUAUAUGUAUGUGUAUAUGAAUGACAUAAUUUUAUUCUCGUUAAGGUGCUGUGCAUAUCUAAUCUACUUUUAACACAUAAGCGUCUCAAGCGUCACUCUGACUCUGUGAAUCUGAGAAAAGCAAGGGAAAUAUCUGCAUAUCUUCAAGGCGAUUCCAUAUCCAUUGUUAUAUCAGAAGUUAGAUGAGAUAAUAUUAGAUGAAGGAAGGAAGGAUAAACGUAUCAGAAAGAGUGGACAAGUUAAAGAUUCCUUCGCAGAGUCUUAUAGUAGAUCUCUGCUUCAAGAAUAACUCUUCUAUCAAUGUUCAACACUCUUUCCAAUGCUUUGACUACAUUUCCACUUAAAUUGGGUAAAUAAUAUAGCAGGCAGAAUAAACGGAUUAACCACACUAUAAUUUAAGGAAACUUCAAAAAGACUCAGACAAUGUAGUAGAUAAAUAUUUUGUAGGAUACAUUUUCCCAAAUCAGAAAUAGGAUAAUUGUUAAGAAAUAGUAAAGAUAAAUGUGUGGUACUACUCGUAACACACUUCUGGCAUAGUUGUAAACAUCAAAUAUUAACCAGCUCCAAGGAUAAGCUUUUUAUUUUUUGUAAAUAGGAUAUUGGUAACUGUUUAUGUAAACGUAUGUGAAUCUAUGUAGGUACAUAAGAGACAGUACAUAUUUAAAAAGUCGAUUCGUUCGGCGAAAGGUCCUGCUUAGAGAUGGUAAAGUUAAAUUGUUAGAGAGAAGAACGAUACAUUUAAGACCCAAUAGAGCAAAGAAAACGGAAGAGUUUAAACUAAAACUGAAACAUAAGAAUAAAUUUCUACAAAUACGAUUAGAUAACUCAAGCAAAAAAGUGACAAAAAACCAAACAGAGACAACGGAAACGUAUUUUAAA